CAUUGCAAACCCUACAGGGUAUUUGUAAACUACCCCAACGCUCUUGAUGUAGCUAGUUUUAAGUUUACAAUGGAAUAAUGAAAAAUAUAGAUUUGCCUUUAACUUUCUUGCGUGAGCGUGAGAGUCUGAAAGCGCGAGUGUCACGCCGGAUGCGCGAGAGCUGCUAAUUAAUCCUGCCAAUCACCCCUAUCUGCCUGCUAUUCAUGGGUAUGUCCUCCUUUGCUGUAAUUCCGCCUUGUGAAAACUUGUUCAGUGUAUUGGAAUAUGUAGUUUAUAGGUGCCAUUGAGAUAGAGUGGAUACCAACAGAUUAAGAGCAAUGUAACACAAACCUUUACAUGGAAGCAUUUCCGAUAAGCGCUUAUGCAACGCUGCCCCGGAGCCGAUGUCGGUAAGCGGAAGAAGCGGAGGAAGUUCUGGGUGGCAGGUUUAACUUCAUUCAGCAGCUCCGAGCGCGAGACUGACGGCAAAGCAAUUUUAUCCUGCGGGUUUAACAAUACAAAUUACGGAUAAUGACACUCGAAAGGUCGUUCCUCACGUAAACCCACCCCUGAGCAGAAGGAAUGCGCCUCCAUGACGAAGAACUCAGGAGGAAUUCUUUCCCUCCCCCGUCCGGAGAGACAGAGCCCGCAAAUUAAAAGCAGCAGAGACGCCAAGAUGCCGUUUCUUAUAAGGACUUAAGUGAGUGUGUGUCCAGGUUCUGUGGGCUGGUCCUUGCACACACCCCUGUGGAAUGAGUCGGACAGGGUAUAAAACUCCUGACUUGAUGCUCUCGGGUCAGCGGAACCCCCCGGCUGUAUCACCUGCCCCAGCCUUCUUGAAACGGAGAACAUCCUGCUCAGAGAUGGCCCCAAAAAAGCCAGAGCCCAAGAAGGAGGCACCUAAGCCUGCUCCGGCCCCGUCACCGGAGCCUGAGAAGGCUAAGGAGCCUGACUUUGACCCGAAGGACAUCACCAUUGAAUUUAAUGCAGAUCAAAUUGAAGAGUUCAAAGAGGCCUUCAUGCUGUUUGACAGAACCCCAAAGUGCGAGAUGAAAAUAUCCUACGCGCAAUGCGGUGAUGUCAUUCGGGCUCUGGGCCAGAACCCCACCAACGCCGAGGUCAUGAAGGUUCUGGGAAAGCCAAAACCAGAAGAGAUGAACACCAAGAUGAUGGAUUUCGAGACCUUCCUGCCAAUGUUUCAGCACAUCUCAAAGUCAAAGGACAGGGGCACCCAGGAAGAUUUCAUAGAGGGGCUCCGCGUCUUCGACAAGGAGGGCAACGGCAGUAUUAUGGGGGCAGAGCUCCGUCACGUGCUCGUCACCCUGGGUGAAAAGAUGCUAGAAAAAGAAGUGGAGCAGAUGCUGUCUGGGCAGGAAGAUGGAAAUGGAUGCAUCAGUUAUGAAGCAUUUGUAAAACACAUCAUGUCCGGCUGAACAUCAAGUAACAGAUAUCAUCUGAUGGGAUUGAAGCUCGGACUGAGAAACGGAAUGAAUACACAGAUUAAUCAUUUAAUUUCAGCAUUCUGACUGAAUUUCAAGUCCUGCCCUGAAGCAACAAGCUCAACCUGCUUUUUCACUUUGUCCAGAAAAGACACAGACCUUGUUUGCGUGCCAAAGAAGUCCCUUCUCAGCCAGUUCGGGUGUGAUUUCUAAUUUAUUGAUGUGCUAUUUCAAUGGCAAAA